AUGUUUCAAGAAAUAUGCAAGAGGUUAAAUGGUCAACAGAUUGCAGUUAUGGCUGAUGAGACCAGUGACUGUGGUCACAUUGAGCAAAUGGCAAUCGUAGUAAGAUAUUUUGAUGAUGUAGAAAAUAAACCUAUCGAAUUAUUCAUCUCUCUAGAAACUACUGAUGCACAAUCCAUUUUUAAUGUUUUAAACACAAUAGUCCAUAAGUUAAAACUCGAUUGGCUCUCUGUUUCUUCCGUUUGUUUCGACGGCGCAGCCGCAAUGGCAGGUCAUAUUUCUGGAGUUCAGUCCCGAUGCAGUCCAUCUCGACACGUGGUUUUUGAAAAAAUUCAAAAAAGUGUUGGUGUAAAAUUAAAGACUUUAAAAUCCCUUUCAACAACUAGGUGGGCUUGUAGGGUAGAAGCUGUAACAGCGAUUCGAGACAACUUCUCGGUUAUAAUUCAGACAGUUCAUGAAAUAAAUUAUUCAACUAAGCAACCAGAAAUAAAAGCUAAAGGAAAGGGUAUUAUUUCCCAAUGCUUAAAUUUUAAUUUUAUCAUCUGUCUCGAACUGAUGCAUCCUAUUCUACAGUUGAUUGUAAAAGUUAGUAGAGUACUUCAAGAUCCCGGAAUAAGUAUUUUGACAGCUUUGGAAGAGAUUAAGUGUCUUCGUUUGGCAAUAGAAAAUAUGCGUUCCGAUAGUUUAUUUUAUGAUGAUAUUUAUGAUCAAAGUCAGCACAUUUGUGAAGAACAUGGCGUAAACAUACCAUCAGUCAGACCUAGAAAACUGCCUGCACGUAGAGAUGAAAAUUGGAAAAAUCAGUUUGUAUUUGAGACCAAGAAAGAGGAAAUCCGAUUUUCUACAAUGUAUCCAUUGAUUGAUUCGUUAGUACAAGGAAUUGACGAACGUUUUAAUCAAGAAAGCACUUCAAUCAUUACUGGUGUGGGGAAAAUGUUAAAAUUUGAAUUGAGCAAAGAUGACAUUAAUUUAUUGACAAAUCAUUGUGAUUUAUCAAAGGACGAAUUUGUAAGUGAAAUACAUCUUUUGAAGGCACGAAACAAAGAUGAUAUUCUUACUAAUAAAGACUGUGCAUUUUGGUUAAAAUGGUUACGAGAAAAUGGUAUUGAGACCAUUUUUUUUCAGCAUAGAAAAGUAUUAAAAGGUUUCUCUGUCAUACCAGUCACAAGUGCUUCGUGUGAAGGAGCUUUUUCGAAGCUAACACAUAUUAAAACUAAGCUACGGACGACAAUGACUCAAGGGCGAUUGGACAAUUUAAUGCUUCCAUAUAUCGAACAAACCAUGGCAAAAAAUGUCGACAUUAAUGAUGUGAUCAAAGAAUUUAAAAGAAUGGUCCCAUAUGAACGUCGUUUAGCUUUAUAA